AUGAACAGGACAAUUAUUUUCUGCAUGUUUUUCUUCUGCUCCACUAUGGUGCUGACUGCAGAUGCUGACUGCAGGAGAUCCAGAACAGUAACAUACAGACAGAUUCACCAGAAAAUUAAACAGUUAGAAACUAUGGUGAAAGAUAAGGAUGCUGAAUUGCUGCAUACACCAGAAAACCCUGUGGAGGCAUGUCUGUACACAGCUGUGACCUGCUUCAAGAAGGGCAUCCAGAAACUACAACCAGUGAGCAGCCAAGACAAUGCAAAGUUCACCAAAGCCAUUAGAAUUGUGAGCAAAUUGACGUGCAGAGACGCUGGAGAGGUAGGAUUUCCUCACAUUGCUCAUAAUUGUCAUCAUUCCUCCUUAUUUUCUAUAGCAGAUUCCCCCUGCAAUGGGGAACUGUCGAAAGCAAAUCUUCCUGAGGGCCAAGUGUUAUUAAAAGUGCAAUUUGUCACCAAAUCUUGGCCAGACAUUAGGAGGAAGUUAGAGAAACUGGAAGAUCGGCAAGAGAAAGGAAUGAACGAAUUAUUGAAGGAAGCUUUAAGGGUGUAUCCGAGAAGAGAGGAGGAGAAAGCAAAAACUAAGGUGAGAAUAAUGAUGGCUGUGGCUAGGGAGGUGGAUAAAAUCCACUCAAGUGGAAAUGAGACAAGACUUCCACCAAAGGAGGGUAGGAAUGCACCUAGACCACCUUGGGUUACCCCCAAAAGGGUCAGGGAGGACCACAAGUGCUACUACUGUGAAGAAGUAGGGCAUUUCAGAAGAGACUGUAGGAAACUGGCAAUGGACCGAGCUACUGAAAAAGAACACGACACCCUAGAGAAAAUCCUAAAGGGAGAGAGAGAUAGAGAAUAG